CAAUUCCAAAAGUAGACCACAAUUCCUCAUCAAAUUGGAAUCUUUUUGCCCUUUCAAUUCAAUCUCUCUCUUUCAAAAACCAUCUUCUUUAUAAACCAAUCAGAAACCAAAAGAAACACCAUAAACAUUAAAGAAGCUAAAAGAUGCAGAUCUUUGUUAAAACCCUUACUGGUAAGACCAUUACUCUCGAGGUCGAGAGUAGUGACACCAUUGACAACGUUAAAGCCAAGAUUCAGGAUAAAGAAGGGAUUCCUCCUGAUCAGCAAAGAUUGAUUUUUGCUGGUAAACAAUUGGAAGAUGGGAGAACUUUAGCUGAUUAUAAUAUUCAAAAGGAGUCAACACUUCACCUUGUUUUGAGGCUUAGAGGUGGUACUAUGAUCAAAGUCAAAACUCUUACAGGCAAAGAAAUCGAAAUCGAUAUUGAACCUAACGAUACUAUUGAUCGUAUUAAGGAACGCGUUGAGGAAAAAGAAGGAAUUCCUCCUGUGCAGCAAAGGCUUAUUUAUGCUGGUAAGCAGCUUGCAGACGACAAGACAGCUCGUGACUACAAUAUUGAAGGCGGCUCUGUGCUUCAUCUUGUACUUGCUUUGAGGGGUGGCAACAGUAUUUAGAUUGUGCUUGUACGCUAUAAUCCCUGGAGCUACGGAGCUUUGGUUGCAGAGAAAGUUCAAUGUUAUAUUCCGAAAAUUAUGAGAUUAUGAAAAUGAACUUAUUGCUGAUCAACUUUUCUAUUUAUAAAUUUGCAUUUGCCAUUAAA